AUGCGACAGCAGGGUAGAAACCUGCGUGCUCAGGUGUGGGCAACCCGCGCCCCCUGGAAGCCGCGGCGCACCAAGGAUCACUCCAUCGGAGGGUCCCCCUUGGGCGUAUCGGGGAGCGUCCAGGAGGAGGCCGUCCAGGAGGGGGGGUUCACAGACUGUGGCCCGAGGCAUGUGCGCGGCCCAGGCUCUGAAAUUCGCCGGCCCAACGGGCAAGAGGCGUGCAACAUCCUCAGCAACAAGUUCAGAAUGCUUCUGGCUCGCGCGCGCGUGGCAGCCCCUGGGCGGAGGAGGAGGAGGAGGAGGAGGAGGAGGAGAAGGAGGAAGAGGAGGAAGCGGGCACUUCUCGGCGGGGCCCUGCGCCGCACUCCCGCCGGUCACUAA